GAGUCAAUCGGGUGAGGCCAGUGCUGAUUUUGUGGUGUUAUAAUUGAUCAUCUAUUGUGCCUCCAUGCUGUAGAGCUCACUGACCCCAGACCCAGAUAAAAAUUGACUUGAUCUAGCCGCCAUUCUUUAAUACCUCAGGAGAGCCUGCUUUAAGUAGUUAAUUAUCAGACAGACUGGUGCCUUCUCCUAGAAUACGACCACUAAUCCAUUUCGUCAACUGACUUGCCCCUGUUGGAAAGCUGACCAUUAGCUGUUACGAUACAUAUACGACAAAUCUCCUCGGUACCUUUGCUCUAUCUCACUCACAUAAUUAACCAUAAAAGCUAAAGCUUACCCCAGUGCCACCCAAACCUUUAUCCCUUAUUCCCACUUGCUUCUACUUUAGAACAACACUUCCGUCUCUUCCAGAACCUACAUACUCCGCUCUCGAAUUAAUUGAUAUCCAAGAGCUGACUCGAGCAACUGGUCCAGCAGUCUAAACUCUUCUUAUCCAAUUUCCACAACUCAGAACCGAGCUUUCCAACGCGAGUCAAACCAACUCAACACUUACCAAACUCACAAUGCCUGGCUUCAUCCAAUCCAUCAAAUCACGUCUACCGCAGUCCCCAUUCAGUCCUCCUAAGCAGAGUGUACCUGUCCUUCCUCCGGUUGACUCCGCGGAACCUGUUGAAGAGGCCGCGCAGCCAGCUGAACAGCCCUUGGCGGAAAUCCUGCCAUCUGAAGCACUCAUUGCGCCCAACUCCUCAACUGUGGCCUUAACGCUUACGCCAGUUACAGGCCUGUCUAGCCAACAGACAUUCGAUGACAUCGAGGCACCUGCACCUGCUUCCGCCCCGGCUGAAGAGUCAGCCACGGAACCUGAGUCGUCCACUCAACCUGAAGUCGCAGCUCCUGAUGUGGAGGAAGCUCCUCAGCUUUCAGAGGCAGAGCCAUUAGCUGCCGUGUCUCCCGCGGUGGAAGCCGAGGAACCCGUAAUCUCGGUACCAGAAGUUGCUGAAGCGGUGGUUGCCCCUGAGGUCCCUGCCGUCGAAACUCCUACAGAGACCAUCUCCGCUCAGCCGCUAUCGGCUUCGAUUCCAUCCGAGCUUCCCACCACGAGUGAUCCUGCGCUGAACACGGAAGAAAUUCUCAGCGAUCCUGCCACAACCAUCGAAAACGUUAAACCAGCUACUCUCAAAUACAAAAAGUCAAUUACUCGCAAGGAGCCUCCGGUUUUUGAUCCUGCUGCGCUUGAAGAGGCAGUGGCAACGCCCAUUGUUGCAGACGACACCGUCGCAAUUACGCCCCCCAUCAUCCAAGUUGAAGGCGUCGCCGCUGAUUCUGAACCCACCAAACAGGAGACCACACCCGCCGUGAAGGAAGUUAAACCAAAGAAAAAACGGUUUAUGAUGUCCCCCUUGAAGAAGAGCUUUUCUCCCAACAACUCUCAAGACGGCAACAGCACCGACGACUCCGCCCAUGCCAAGCCCAAGAAAAACCAGCCCCUUGCAGGCAGGUUCAAACACGUCCUCUGCCAGGUAAAAUCCAAGGUCAAAAAGGACAAGGAUUCAGACAAAUCUCCUGCCGCAAACACCAGUGACAAUGCUGCUCCCAGUGACGAUGCUCCUUCAAGUGACAACGGCGCUUCCAGUGGCGCCCCUACUCCGUCUGAAGAACUCACCGCAAAUGACGUUGCGACAACCAUGGAUGCUGCUCUUCCCAGUGACAACUCCGUCACUGCUUGAUGAUCCAUCUGCGCCCCGAUAGUCUCUUUUCUUUUGCCUUGUUUGUACACAGUAUAGUAAAACUACAUUUACAUGAAGACCUUUGCUCCACCAAGUGUUUAAUGGCCCUCAGGAUUAUUUAGUUGAGUGUUUCUUUCUUCUUU